AUGGGUAAUGACGGAGGCAGUAUCCCCGAUCGCCGAGACUUGGUUCGCAGCAAGAAGAAGGCUGAAGCUGUCGACAAGGCAAAUCAGACUCGAGCUCGUUGGGGAUUCUGUGCGCUCUCCAAACGUCGACUUCAAGAACCAGUUGUCUCUUGUGCCCUGGGAAAGCUCUACAACAAGGAUGCCAUAAUCGAGUUUUUGCUGAAUCGUGACGCAUAUGGAGAUGGAGAAAACAUAUGUGGCCACAUCCGCUCAUUGAAGGAUGUCAAAACUCUCGUUCUUACGCCAAACUCCGCACCUGCGGCUUCUGGCACCGACCCCACUGAACGUACUUUGUUUGUCUGUCCCUUGACUUACAAGGAAAUGAACGGUCUUACGCCGUUUGUCUACCUUCGGACUUGUGGAUGCGUCUUUGCUGCCGCUGGACUCAAUGCGGUGCGUUCAUCGCCACCAGAAAGUCAAGGGGAGCCCGAGAAAGACACUUGCCCAAAUUGCGCUACCAAGUUCACCCAUUCCAUCGACUGCAUUCCGCUCAACCCUUCCGCUGACGAAGAGGAGCGGCUUCGGGAGCUUAUGGCUGCGCAACGGCUUGUUGAACCAGUCAAAAAGUCCAAGAAACGAAAAGCAGCUGCAGCCGACAUAACAAGUGAACCUGUUGCUAAAAAGUCGGCGGUUCCGACCAUUUCUACCGCCAGCAACUCGCUUCGCAGUACUUUGGCUCUAGAGGAGGCUAAGCGCAAGGCGAAUAUGAGUGAUGCCGUGAAAACCUUGUAUAGCUCUCAGGAGUUGGGUCGGAAGGAGACAUUCAUGACCAGAGGCACCUUUACUCGGUAUGCUUAG